AUGCCGUCGGUUCGGCGUUUUUCCAGAGUCGAUACUUUCGAGCUGAAGGUUCAGAUCGAAAAGAGGCUCGGUUCACAAAAGGCUGAGAAGUACUUCAAUCUAGUCAUCAGGUAUUUAAAUCUUAAGCUCGGGAAAUCAGAGUUUGAUAAGCUUUGUAUCGGUUUAAUAGGUCGGGAAAAUGUUCGUCUUCAGAAUGAACUGAUCAUAGCUAUUGUGAAAAAUGCUGCUCUUUCGAAAAUACCUCCUCAGAAACGUGCGAAGAGUGAUGGUCCUUUGCCUUUAAAGGUCCCUAACAGGACCCAUCCGGUGACUGACCUACAGUCUCUAUGUAGCAAACCGCCACUUGAAGUUAAUUCAGUUGAAGACGGGGAAGAAGUUGAGCAGGAUGCAAUAAGUCCCGGUGUUUAUACUAGAAACCCUGCUAGUGCGCCAUUUGGCAUCACCAUCCACUCACAAGAAAAAUGA